UGAAAAAGCUAGGGAAAUCAAUGGAUGAGGGAGCGAAGGGUAGUUUAUCCUUCACUUCUGUCUGUCCUGAAACGUUCUGAUCCGCAAACUGAUGCAGGCGUCUCAGACCCAAUACGAUGCUGACCUUGUCUUUCAGCUUUCUAGGUUCGUCAUGGUGGUAUUUGUAGAUCUGCUGCCAAGUACGUCAUGACAUAUUUUAAGAUAGUGUUGGAGGGCUUGCUAUGAUGGAGCGUUCUGGAGGAACACAAAAUCAGGGUAGCGCCAAAGAUGGAAAGUAUGUUUUCUCUGGAAGUUCGGAUUGAUAUAGUGACGUUUAUAAUUGGAGAAUUAUUGGCUGUGGAUUGUAUAUAACAGAUUGGUGUUUACCAGCUGAGAGACUGGGUUUUUAGGAAAGAUCAGAUGUGGUGUAGUGAUAAUGGUCUUGUGUGUUUUGUUGGUAUUUUUUUCUUUGUUGGGACUUUUUAUUAUUUAUUUGUAUACUUUUUUAAGUGCAUUUUAUUUUAUUUAAAAAUGUGCUUACAUUUUUAUUUCUGGCAGAGAGGAGAGAGAGACGCAGUUUUGCCAGGCAGUACAAUUUGCUUGCUUAAGUUUUGUACUGACAGACAUCCAUAAACAAGUGUAGGCACAACUUUGGCAUGGCGGGGACAAAGCAGUAACACUGGAUGGAGUUCAUGAACCAGACAGAACAGACCAAAGCCCAGAGGAUAAUUCAAAUUAAAAUCAGUGUAAUCUUAUGGUUUAUCUCAGCAACAGGCAAAGCAAGAAGCUAUCCUAAAAUUUGUGCUUCAUUUGAUCUCGGAGGAACUAAAUUAAUUUCACAAAAUGUCUGUGUUGUGGUUCGCGUCCCACAGUUGAAAUGCAUCCACCUUUGCAUUAGGUGAGCCUAGAGCGGAGUUACCGGCUGGAGUGGAAUGUAAAACACAGGAUGUUUGUGCGUGAGGCAGGGUUCAGGGAGGCAGAACAUGCAAAAUCCUCAGAAUAAAAUUUCUUCAGGAUGCGGAAGAUAAUGUUGCUGCACGUACUGAGCCCUGUUGUCAAACAGAUGGCUUGUGGAGUGGCUACAGAGGAACCUUUUACUUGUCUCCCUUGGCUUAUACUGGUUGACUACAUCGUUUAAGACGUCUUUAUAACAUAGGUUGCUUGACCCCUGACUUUGUGGAGUCCCUACAAAUUAUAGCCCGUAUAUAGAAUCAUAGAAUGGUUAGUAUUAGAAGGGACCUUAAAGAUCAUCUAGUUCCAACCCCCCUGCCAUGGCGGGGGUUAUGUUAUGUUAAUGAUAUGACAUGUAUAAUAUGUUAUAUAUGUGUUAUAUAAAACAUAUAUAGUAUGUUAAUUAUGAAGGAAGGAGUCAGAAAGCGCUCUGUCACUGCUUUGUGCUGGGACAGAUCCAGAUUUCCUGUUCUUGAAACAGGAUGAACAAGCAUGUUACGAGUGCUCUCUGCAUAUCGUGCUUCCCGUCUCGGUCACCGGUAGCACAGAGGCCUUUUCAAACUGUAGGCAAACAAGAAAUGAAAUGAAGGAGUGCGUUUAGGAAUGAGCGUUCAUUCUUUGGGAGGUUCCCAAAGGAAGUAUGUCUGAAGCAGCCAGUUAUUUGGGAAGACUCCUCAGUCACUCCCAGCUUCUUACGGUGGACAAAGGUGUGCUUCAACAGCGGCCAGCUGUACAUCUUCCUAGGGGCAACCUCAGGUAUCUGAUGUUAUUCAGGGAUGUAAAGAAGAGGAGCUUCAGUUCAAUGGACACAUUUACAUGAGAUAAAUACAUUUAGUAUUUUGAGGCAACGUUGUAACCCAUGCAGAGAUGGGCAAGGCUGGGAACUUGAGCUGUUUGUGGAAAGUGUUGCGUGGGCAGCUGUGGCAAGGACAGCCAGGCAACGAAACAGCCGAAGAGGUGAAGUGGUACCUGUCACAGUGAGAAGGCUGCUCCUCACACUGCCUGGGCAGGCUGCAUGGCAUGCGGCUGGUCCCCUCCCGACUGCGCUGCGGGGACACCCCUGUGUGCGGCUGCCCCUGCUUGUCCCACGCGCGCACAGGGUGGCGGGACCUCUCCCCAUCCAGGCCACUCAGUGGGCCCCCUGGGACACGAAGGACCUCCUUGAUGGAGCGGUGGGCCAGGUGUGGCCUCGGUGUCAUCGUGGCCUGCUGGUUUGCACCCAGCCUGAGGCAUGCAUGCAAUCACAUGCGUGUUGAUUGCAGAGGCAGCGGACUCUUUAAGGUUUGGUCUGCACUUCUCCCAUCUUUUCAUGCACGCUCCCCCUUCCAAGGCCCCACCAGGCUGCAGGGCCCCUUCUCUUUCCUCGUGCCCACACUGGCACCCUCCCUACCAGCAGGAAGGAGUGUGCUGGGGGGCCCUGGCAAUAGCUGGGACCUGUUUCCAUCCCCAGCUGCUGUCACCACUUUGGGUAGCGUCCACCAGGUAGCAUGAGAAAGCAGCAAGUUUUCUGUGCUUGCAUUUUAUUAACCAGGACUGUAAAAUACUUCACGUAUGGCAAGUUUUGGAUGUGGCCCAGGCUUGCAGCUGUGAACUUAGACAUACCUGUGAGCUGAUUUAACCCACCUGGUUGGAAAGAUGCUUCCCGAGCUGAACUGGCUUACAGAGGGCUCCAAAAAGCCCCAGAGCCCCAUGGUGGCUCUCAUGUUAAUGGUUGGACUCGAUGAUCUUAAAGGUCUUUUCCAACCUAAAUGAUUCCAUGAUUCUAUGAUUCUCCUCGCUGGUGGGGACCUCAACCGAAAAUUUUGCAGCGGUGAUUUAAGAAAACAAUAUGGUACAAAGUUCACUUUACUCAUUAUUAAAAUAAUAGUAACAAGAUGAGGGUUGUAAGUUGCUCUGUCUCAGAAAACAUGAGGGACCUUGUAGUCAUCUCUGAUUCAGCCUUUAUUCUGGCUGCACGGCCAUCUGUGUUAGCCUGGGGACAGCUGGGGGCAUGUCCCACUGAGGGCAACCGCAGCAUUAUCCAGAAAUGUUAAGGUGUACCCAGGUCCCCGUCCUGGUGCUCUGGCAGCGGUCGGCGUGCUGUGACGAGCUGUCGGUGCGCUGCUCUGGCUGCCGUUCCCAAAACAAGCAUCAGUCAGUUUUAGCUCCUCAAGUGGCUUGGCCUCCGCUGGCACAGAGAGCACAGCGCUGACGCAGGGUGAGGGUGGGCAUGGGAGUGGCAGAACAAGGGCAGCUUGGGGUGAUCGACCGCCCACCGUGAAACGUCUGUCCUCGCGUGGCAGCGGUGGUCUCUGGCUUGGCCCUCUCUGCUCUCGGUCCCCUGCUGCAGGAACCUAGCCCCUUUUGUGUGGACUCUCUCAGGCUCCUUGGAGAGCCAGCUUGGGGUAAAAACCUGCCAGAAAAAGAGCCAAGAUGAGAAUAGGGAAGAAUGUCAUCUGUGAGAAAGCUGCUACCUCUGUGGAUGCCUUCAGGAUGGUCACAGCUGCCAGGUAUUACCCAAAGCUGAUGAGCAUCGUUGGCAAUGUUCUCCGUUUCUUGCCUGCCUUUGUGAAGAUGAAGCAGUUGAUAGAAGAACACUACGUGGGCAAUGUCAUGAUCUGCGACGUACGCGUUUAUGGGGGAAGCCUGCUCAGCCACAAGUACAACUGGAUCUGCGAUGAGCUGAUGGGGGGAGGUGGUCUGCAUACAAUGGGCACCUACAUUAUCGACCUCCUAACUCACCUCAUCAGCAGGAGAGCAGAGAAGGUCCACGGUUUGCUCAAGACUUUUGUGAAGCAGAACACGGCUAUAAGCGGGAUCCGCCACGUCACUAGCGAUGACUUCUGCUUUUUCCAGAUGCUAAUGAGCGAGGGUGUCUGUUGCACUGUGACUCUCAACUUCAACAUGCCUGGAUCAUUCAUCCAUGAAGUCAUGAUUGUUGGGUCUACCGGUCGUCUCAUAGCUCGUGGGACGGACUUGUACGGACAGAAAAACACCGCGCUCCAAGAAGAACUACUGUUUACAGACUCUCUGCCUGUCAACAAGGGCCUUUUGGAUAUGGGGUUUAAAGACAUCCCACUGCUUUACCUAAAAGGAAUGGUGUACAUGGUGCAAGCACUGCGGCAGUCUUUCCAAGAUCAGGAAGACCGUCGGACAUGGGAUCAUAAACCUGUCUCCAUGGCAGCCUCUUUUGAAGAUGGCCUGUACAUGCAGAGUGUAGUAGAGGCCAUCAAGAAAUCCAGCAGGUCGGGGGAGUGGGAGGCUGUGGAGGUGAUGACCGAGGAACCAGAUGCAAAUCAAAACCUCUGCGAGGCGCUGCAAAGAAAUAACUUAUGAACAUUCCUGCUUUGGAAGAUAGGACAAUUAACACUUCUGGCUGUAAUGUAAAAAAACCUCUCUGUUUUUAAGAUAUGUAGAUCCUUAUUUAAUAACCUGAGUUCCUUGGGUUUUUAAACGUGUAAAAUAUGUCAUGUUCUGAUUUAAAUUGUUUAAAGAGUUUUAAAUGUUUCUGGUUUUGCAAACAUUUAAUUUCUCUCUUGGAGACUGGUAGGAAAACUUGAAUUUCCCUUUGCACUUGCAGUAGCUGUGGUGAAGCGUGGGAUCUCUGCCGUUGCAUGGCUCGGAAAUGGGACACAACCCCUGCUGCACAGGUUUUGUGUUUUAACAAUUUUAACAUGAGAGCAUGUAGAGCAAGAUCAGGGAGUAUCUGUUGUUCGUGUGCCUUUUCCUUCUCUUCUGGAGGCUGAUUAGGUUUUACUCCUUGGUUUGUAAAAUUUUUUUAUAAAAAAAGUUGAGUGAUGUAACAGGUCUCUAAGCUCCUAUAGGACAAAAAGUAGAAGGAACGGAUUAAAGUGUGUAACGCAAGGAUCGGCCUUUUGGUUUCCUGCACGUGGCAAAUGUCCUUCCAAUUCAUUUAAACUGGUAUUUUAUUUAAAUGAUGCUACGAAUUCUCUGGUGACAGUAUCUUGGCAGGAAAAUCUUCAGGAAGUCUGUGAUGAUUUAUGCAAUUCUUCCACACCUGUAGACACGAUUCCUUCUACUCAAGAGGCUGUCUGCAUCCAGCAGCUUUUUUCCGUAAGCUCUGUGUCCGUCGGUUGCGUUUACUGCCUUGGCAGCCCCGAGGCCGUGACUGCGGUGCCACGUUCUCAUUUCUGCCACUGUUAAUCAAUGCCUCCCCGGGUCACGGGAUCUCCACGGUGUGGUGGGUAAUGAAGUUGUACAGCAUUAACCUUCCGGGGACCUGAAGAUUGAAGUCAGGAGGUUUUUCCUAUGUCUUGCAGCUCCCUUACCGUGCUGGCCGGGUAAUUGUCACGCUAUACACAUCCUGAUAGUUGAGAGAACAGGGACUGAGCUGCCAUGGGUAAGUCUGCUCUUAAUCUCAAACACUGGAUAUUAACCCUCCGGCCCUGCCCAUCCUCGCGCCCUCCCGCAGCUUGUCCAGUGGAGAGGUCUGUUGGCAGAUCGUGGGUGGAAGUUCAUUCCGUAUGAGAAAUGUUUGUCUCCGAGGCAGGUAUGCGGAAGGGACAGUCCAAUUUUACUACAUUUAUUUUGUGUACUUGAAAGCUUUUUUUUUUUUAAAAUGUGUUUCCCACUAAAUUGUAACCCAGUGUAUUUAUGUAUAUUAACAUGCAAACUGCUGUUUCAUAAGCUGGUCCUUCCUGAAAAAUAUCUUGUUUUCUACAGAAAUAAAAAGUUGUGUUUGUUGAGGGCAUUCUUUAUG